UACCGUUUCACUUAUAAAACUGUGAUGUCAUGGACAGAGCAAUGGACAUUUCUUUUCUUAACUGGUCAGCUCUUUCUUUAUUUAUAAAAUAAUUAUAAACGUGACUGCAAGGACGUGCACAUUCACAUAACGUUUUUCUUUAGAUUCAUUUUAGUAACUUUACUUUGAAUUGCUGAUUUAAUCUUAAGCACAUAUAGGAAAUUAAUUUCCGUAAUAAAUGACGUUUUACACGUGAAAGAGGAACAUAAAUAUAACAGUUAAUAGUUUAAAGUGUUUCCUUGUAAAGAGUUUCUUUGAAACUCAAUCAUAUUUUCAGAGCUAACUUACAUACAAAGUUGUGUAUGUUAUAUGAUUUAAGGAUAUAUGAAAACAUUGGAUCCACCUAAAAUAUGAACGGAUCGCUUACUAUAGAACAACUAAAUUCAGAGGAAGUGGGGAGGCUAGGGCCAUUACUAGUUUUCCUCGGAAUGGUUGUUUUCACGGGAAUUCCAGGAAAUAUAACCGUGUGUGUAGUUUAUUGGGCGAAAUCAAAACAGUCUGGUUCACGAUUUUUCAUCUGGUGGCUUGCAGUUAUUGAUACCGUCAGUUGUUUUUUGAUAUGUUUAGAAUUUGUGAACGUUGUUAAUCAGUUUACCUACACCAACACGUGGUUAUGUAAAUUCACAAUUUUCCUCACGAUUUGGCCGGUUAUAACGUCUGCUUUUGCAUUGUGUUUAAUAAGUUACGAUCGUUUUCAAAGGGUAUGUAAACAUAAUCAGGAGCAAAUAAGCCAGCAGAAGGCAAAGUGUAUGUGCUUAGUAACUGUUGCUGUUGCUUUAGCAUUUUCAUGGCCAGCACUUAUUCUGUUUGGAACGUAUAUAGAGGAAAUUUCAGACCAAAACUUAACCAGUAGUACGUGUACCAUCCAGAACGAGUACCAAGGCACAACUUAUGCCCUCCUUUACAACGGGUUCUUAUGGAUAUUAUUCUUUAUCGUUUUAUUCGUUCUUAUCGUGUGUUACAUCAUAAUUGGCAAGAAAAUAUACAAGCAGAUGGGGCUGCGUCCUUCAAGGGUGUCGAAUAGUGACGAACCUAAAGGACUAGACCCAGUUUCUCGCGAUGACGUCAGCACGAACACGAGCUUGACUGUUCAAAACGUGUUUAGGGAAAAUACUAUUUCUCGGAAUAUGUCAACGCUUAGUAAACGUUCAACAAUACGAGGACAGGCUAGAGCCCGAAAAUCUGCAUUUAUGAUGUUUUUGAUCUCUGUUGUAUUCGUGGUCAGUUUCCUUCCUUACCUAAUUUUAAGAAUGAUUGGAGCCUUUGAUGCGACAUUUGUGCAGUCUAUGUCGGAUACCGGAAGAGCUUUUUAUAAGUCUUUCCUACGCACUUAUUUCUUAAACUGCGCCAUCAAUCCGUUUAUCUACUGCGCAUGUGCGACAACAUUUAGACAGGAAGUGCGUGCACAUUUUAGACGUAUCGUCAGCAGGUUCAGAUGGACAUGAAAAGCGCUCAUUUUAUGACACCAGCUUGAAAGUUUGUGAAGAUUUGAUACCGAGUAAUUUCUGCAUAGCGUAAUGAUUCAGUCUUGUUUGAACUCAUGAUGUGACAGAUCGGUAAUAAACGUACCAAUGGCAUUAGAUAUUUCUUGAUUAAUAUAUUUGAUAUUAUGUAUGUCAUUUUAAGUAUAUACGAUAGAUAUAUAUGUUUCUUUUUGAAAAAAAAGUUCUUGAUAACUUGACAGGUAAUUAAAUUUAUUACUUUAUUCAAAUAAAGUUCCUUUAAGACAACAAGCACUAAGUUUAGAAUUAUUCUAUUGUAAUUUGAAUUAAUUGUUAAAAAUGAAGAACAAAAACUGAAAAGUAAUGAAAGUAAAACACUACUGCGUUUAAACUGCAAUACAAGUGAAAAUGUUAUUGAAACGGAGUAUCAUUUUAUUUCUUAUGUUUUACGUGCUUGUCCGUAUUACAUUGAAUCGUUCUUGGUCAAAUAUACAAUUAUUUAAACUGAAUAAUUCUAAACACAGUGCUUCACGGAAAUUGUAAAAAAAUACGUAUAUUUAGCCAGAUUAUCAGCUGGUAACCGGAAAAAAACAUUAUAUCAGAAUUUGUGUCAUUCAAAAUGAAUACUUUUUAAUAAUCUAAUUAAUUAAUUAAUUAAUUGACUUUGAUCAAUCAUUUAAUACUGCUUUCCUCUUAUUUAGAUAGAUUGCAUUUGUAUAUACAUAUAGUAAGCUUGUAAAUGUUGUGUCAUUCACUGUAAUAUAAAUGCCAUUAUGUUUUUUUAUGUUUAUCUUUUUAUUUG